AUGGCGGGCAAGGAUCCCAUCAUCAUCUCUGACUCUGACUCCGACACUCUCAGCGAGUCGGAAAGGCCACCUCAGCCUCGAGUGGUGCAAGCAAAGCCCCUCGAGCUCAACAACCAGUCUCAAGCCAGCCAGAGUCAGCAUGAGCAUCCAUCAACGCCGCUGCUCGCCAGCCAGGCGUCGACGCAAACAGAAAGCUCGAGUAGAGCUGGAAAUAUUACUGGCACUUCCUCAGCCAGCUUGCUCUCGCUACUUCCCGAUCGACGGCAGUUGGAGCUGGAACGCAAAGAGAGAGCGAGGAAGAGGAGAAGAGAGCAAAACUUACCCAGCUCUUCGAGCGACGAGGAUGCCAAGGUUGAGACAAAACGUAGCAAAAAUGGUAUUGCUUCCAUCCCUAGUAGCUCAGACCAAUCAGUUCCAUCCACGUCGAUAUAUGUCAACGAGCCAUCAUCCUCCAAAGCAAGGCAAAUCUCAUCAACGCCUACCACGUCCUCCUCGCAUUCGCGCGCAACCGAUCCCAUCACACCUUCCAGCAGAUUCUGGACCGGUACCGUCAAGCAUAGCUUCAAUCGAUACGCCGCUCACAACGUCUCUGGUGUGACCAUUUCCCAGAUGCUGCUCCCCGCGACCGCUUCCAGCCGUAACUCGCUUCAGCUAGCCGUGCUUGCGACCUACGACCUGCGCAUGGAUUGGCUCUACUCACACUUUCCCCGAGGUCUACCCGGCGGUGUCACGCUUGUCCUUCCACCGCCAAAGGAAGACUAUCGCUACGACAGGGAUGUCGCUCGACCCGGCUUGCAUAAGAGCGAGAUCUUUGGAGGUGAAUUCGCCAGGUGUCCUGGAUGGCAGAUUUGCGUGCCUAACAAGCCAAAAGGUGGAUGGCUGACGCAGCACAUGAAGUUUCUGGUCUUGGUGCAUGACACGUUUUGUAGGGUGGCGAUUCUGUCGGGAAAUCUGAACGGUAUUGAUUGGGAGAGGAUCGAGAACACGGCGUUUAUCCAGGACUUCCCUCUGCUAUCGGCAGGUACCAACACGGCCGGGUCCAGUAGCAGUAACAGUAGCGGUGGGAAGAACGACUUCAAAUCGCAGCUCAUCCGAGUUCUCCGUUCGCUCAGCAUGCCUCCUUCUCACGCGGUGUACGCAGCGCUGGACAAGUACGACUUCUCGUCGGCCACAAGAGCACGCAUCGUAGCCAGCUGGCCAGAGGCUUCCAGCCUCACCGACUGGGAUCGCAUCGAGACGCAAGGUCUCGGUAGACUCGGCAAGGUGGUCCGAGAUCUGGGGAUCAAGCAGAGAGUCGAGGUGGAAUGUCAGGGAUCCAGUUUGACGAAUCACGAUGUCAAGUGGAUCGAGCACUUUCACGUGCUGGCAAGUGGUAUCGAGCCGAGAGGCAAAUUGCCGUUCAAGGGGAAGAGCAACGAUGAGCAUCCCGAGUAUGCGAGGCUGCUGACGGAUGGGCGACUUCACCGUGAGUAUCCAGAGACGAACAAUGUCCCUCAGGAAGAGUCCACGAUGACUGAUGUUCGAUAUUGGGUGCGAAACAGCAUCAAGGCGCUCUACCACAGCCCACAAAGCAGGAGGGGCGAUAUAAUGAUUCACGCCAAGUCGAUACUCGCCCUCACAGCCGCGGGAAAAUGCGUCGUCGACAAAGCUUUCCUCGAUGCCAGCGAUGAGUACAUCUCCGGCAACAAAGGGGCACCGCCGCCGAAAGGAACAUGGUCAGGUCCCAAAGACGCCGAAGAGCCCGUAGGAUGGACCUACCUCGGCAGCUCCAACUUCACCCGUGCCGCUCACGGCAACAUCACCGGUACAACGGCCAAGCCCACCAUGAGCAGCAUGAACUGGGAACUGUGA